UGGCGAGGCUAGCUGGAAGAUUUUUAACCGAGCAGGAUGUCGUGCCGUCGAGGAGCCGCCGCUGCGAUCUGUGUUGCCCUAUGCUGUGUUGCCCUCGUCGCCGGCGAUUAUCAGCUUCCGGCGGGCGUGAAAACAUGCAAGAAGGACGGGGAUGACUUUUCGUCCUGCUUGAGACUCGCUAUCCAGGAAUCGUGGCCGGUGUUUAUAGCAGGGAUACCGGACUUGGGACUGCCAGCUUUGGACCCUUACUUCGUGGAGACCCAUCUGACGACUUAUGACAGCGGCCAACUGCGCGGAACGCUGCACGCCACCAACGUAAAUACUUAUGGUUUCGCGAAAGCCCGUUUCCUGUCCGUGAAGCCAGAACUGAACAACGAUGUCUUCCGUCUGGAGAUAGACGUCGAGCUGCCGAAGCUCUUGAUCGAGGGCGACUACAAAGCGGACGGAUCUCUGGGCACCUUCCAAAUCGGCGGCAGCGGAACCUUCAAUAUCAGCCUGGACGACGUGAAAACGAACUGGGACAUCACGGGCCACAUCGUCGACGACCACUGGGUCGUCGAACACUUCAGGCUGACGCCGGAAGUUGGCAACUUGAGGCUCUGGUUCAGCGAUCUGUUCAACGGAAACGAGGAAAUGAAUCGCGCUGCGAUGUACUUCGCCAACGAAUACUGGCCGCUGAUAUACCGCGGAAUGUUGCCGAAGCUGAUCGAGUCGUGGGACACGCUUCUGACGGAGUUCGUAAAUCGCUUCUUCUCGAAGAUAGCGUUCUCGUCGGUGUUCCCUUGAGCUGCGCCCAGUCCGUAGUAAAUAAUUAAAAGCGUGUCGAGGUAAGGCUGGGGGAUGGAGAUCGAUAGAUCUUAAGGAGUCGACGCGGAACGUGGAUGGGAACCGAAGGGUCGCGCAACAUACAACGUAAUUUCCGCGCGACGGAAACACCCCACGCGAGGGUACGAGUCGAGCUGUGAUUACGUUUAAACUGUUGCCACCCCCCGGAGCGUCUUGUAACGAAUAUAAAACUGUAAGAUGGUCUGUUGAAAUCGAUCUUGUUGAUAUUACGAUUGUUAUCGAACGAGAUGUAAAUAAACUAAUGCUAAAUACCAA